AUGGCCUCGUCUAGCAAGCGAAAGGCCACAGACAUCCUAGACAUAUUAGCAACCAAAAAAGUCAAGACCACAGAGAGCAAUGACUCGGAGCUCAUGGACGGCGAUAGUCGUGAUACCAUCCUCAAAAAAGAAAUACAAUACAUCAACAAGUGGCGCACUAGCGUCUUUCUUCAGAGAGGCUUCCCACCUCUCGUCGAAAAGCUCUCAUGGGCUCCGACUGAGAAGGCGUACCUGGAGUUGUUCUUGGAAAGGGUUACGCUUGAAGCGAAGAAGGACACCUCGAUUGUGGUUCCCGAUAACAACAAGAUCUUGGAGGCGUUCAAUGAGUACUUUGAUGGUAGAAGCGACCUCCGAGACGCCAAGGGACAUGAACUUCCUGCGCGCCCAGCACGUACUGUGCAGCCGUUCAAAUCUUAUCUCAACCGCCCUGAUACAAGAGUUCGCACGCCUCGCGAUGGUCUCAAUUCGUAUAAGACUAGCAACGGCAACGACGCGUACAUGCCUAAGAUCACAGAUGAUGACAUUGCCGCGUUUAUCGACAGCGGGAUCCUCAAUGCAGGAAGUGCAAAGAACAUAGAUCUACAAGCGUCCAUGGAGCAAACAACACUUGGAGAAAUAACAGUCGACCCUGAAAACCCAAAGAUAGCGCAGCAAACAACCCUACUCGUCCUAGAUAAGAACACAGCUCAAUCCACAGCGCUCAAUGUGAAUUCUGAAGUACUCUCAGCUUUGUCAAUUGCCCCCCAAGGGGCCUUAGAGAUGCCAGUAACCACAGACGUCAAUGAUAAGGGAGCAGCAGAGGUGAACAGUAGCAUUGUAUCCCUUGAUGAGGCAGCUCCUCAAGUUUUGCAUAAGGCAACACAGCCUCAACAGCUCAAGAAGACCGGAACAGCUCGUAGAGCGCCAAAGUGGAAGAGCCUACCAGAUACACCAGUUGUGAGCACACCUCCAGAAGUCGUUGCUCGACUCAAAGCAGAAGGUUGGGUUGGCCCCCCAGACCUCCCAAAGUCUGAUGCAGAGGCGUUGCAAAAGCAUCGAGAGCUCAAGAACAAACAGCCACUAAACACUUCUUACAUUGUUCAAGCAGAAGAAGAUCUGGAUGAUAAGCUGAAGCCUUAUCCGUUACCAGUUGGGAGUUACUACACGCGUAAUGGAUCAAAGGGGAAGUGGGUGAGCGACCGAAAGGAGGAUACGAAACCGAGCGAAGGUCAUAAAGGUACAAACGCGGCAGACUUGGAUGAUGGGGAGUUCCAAAUAGACUAUCCUCGUCACCGGGGGGCAGCUGGAGUUGCGGGAGUCCUUGGAGCUGCCAUUAUACCUCCUUAUGGAUACGGCGGCCCCAUAUCCGAUUUGGUCAAACGUAGGCUACUUCCCAAUGAAGAACUUGUCCUACAUGAUUCAGGCCAGUUCAUGAGGAACAAGCUUAACGAGGAGCAUGAUAGGCGUUUUGAUAAGCGGAUUCAAAAUAUGGCCGAUGGUACGGCACCGAAUGAGGGAGUAGGAGUGGAGGGUGCACAAAAGCAAGCACCUUAA